UCCAUUUCCCGAGAAGAUUUCUCUCUCUCCGCGUCACGAGAGGAUUCAGGACCAAGAGUGAAGAGCUCAGGAUGAAGGUGAGAGGAAGGGAAAUCGGGAGUUUGCUGGUCUCCUUCACUGCGGUGUGCCUGGUGGCCGCCCCUGGGAGCAGGGCCUGUCCUCGCCGCUGUGCCUGUUACCUGUCCACAGAAGUCCACUGCACCUUUCGGUACCUGACCUCCGUCCCAAACAACAUACCGCCUGACGUGGAACGCAUCAAUUUAGGGUUCAACAGCUUGAUUAGAUUGACAGAAACAGAUUUUUCUGGCCUGAAUAAAUUGGAGUUACUCAUGCUGCACAGUAAUGGCAUUCACACCAUCGCUGACAAGACCUUCUCGGAUUUACAGGCUCUGCAGGUCUUAAAAAUGAGCUAUAAUAAAGUCCAAAAACUUCAGAAAGAUAUUUUUAAUGGUCUCAAGAGCUUAACUCGGUUGCAUAUGGACCACAAUAACAUUGAGUUUAUAAACCCAGAGGUUUUUUAUGGACUCACAUCUCUCCGCCUGAUACAUUUGGAAGGAAAUCGGCUCACUAAACUCCAUCCAGAUACAUUUGUUUCCUUGCGCUACCUUCAGAUAUUUAAAACAUCUUUCAUUAAGUACCUGUACUUGUCAGAUAACUUCCUGACCUUUCUUCCUCAAGAGAUGGUCUCUUACAUGCCUGACCUAGAAAGCCUUUAUCUGCAUGGGAACCCAUGGACCUGUGACUGCCAUUUAAAGUGGUUGUCUGACUGGAUACAGGAGAAGCCAGAUGUAGUAAAAUGCAAAAAAGAUAGAAGUCCCUCGAGUCCUCAGCAGUGUCCCCUUUGCAUGAACCCCAGGAUCUUUAAAGACAAGCCCCUUGCUAUGGUCCCAUCUUCAGCUUUCCUGUGCAUGAAGCCAGUUAUUGACUCAUCCCUGAAAUCAAAGAGCUCGACCAUUCUGGAAGACAGUGGUUCUGCCUCGGUCUCUCCCCAAGAUUUCAUGGCUCCCUUUGGCUCUCUCACUUUGAAUAUGACAGAUCAGAAUGGAAAUGAAGCUAACAUGGCCUGCAGUAUCCAAAAGCCAUUGAGGUCACUUCCCAUUGCGUUCACUGAAGAAAAUGAGUGUCUCACACUUAAUACAUCAAUUUCAACAUUUCUUGUGUGCAACGUGGAUUAUAAUCACAUCCAGCCACUGUGGCAAGUUCUGGCUUUGUACAGUGAUUCUCCCUUGAUACUAGAGAGGAGACAUUUGCUCACUGAAAUGCCUCAGCUGUGCUACAAAUACAAACAGGUGGCUCCUAAGCCUGAUGAUAUUUUUACAAAUAUAGAGGCGGAACUUAGCACAGAUCCUUCUUGGUUAAUGCAAGACCAAAUUUCCUUGCAGCUGAACAGAACUACCACCACCCUCAGUACAUUACAGAUCCGUUACUCAGCUGAUGCUCAAGUCAUUUUACCAAGAGAAGAGAUAAGGCCAGUGAAACAAAAAUGGACCAUGAUUUCAAAGCUUAACGAUACCAAGCUGGAACACACGGUGUUGGUUGGUGAGACCAUUGCCCUGGACUGCCCAGGCCAAGGAGAUCCCACCCCACACUUGGAGUGGCUUCUAGCUGAUGGGAGUAAAGUGAGAGCCCCUUAUGUGAGUGAGGAUGGACGGAUCCUAAUAGACAAAAGUGGAAAACUGGAACUCCAGAUGGCUGAUAGUUUUGACACAGGAAUAUACCACUGCAUAAGCACCAAUUAUGAUGAUGCAGAUAUUCUUACAUAUAGGAUAACUGUGAUAGAACCCCGCGUAGAAGCUGCUCAAGGAAAUGGGGUUCAUCACACAGUUUUCAUUGGGGAGACAGCGGAUCUUCCAUGCCAUUCUACUGCCACUCCAGAUGCCUCUAUUAGCUGGGUUCUUCCAGGAAAUACAGUGCUCUAUCAGUCCUCAAGAGAUAAGCAAAUUCUUAACAAUGACACACUAAGAAUAUUCCGUGUUACACAGGAGGACCAAGGUCAUUACCACUGCAUAGCAUCCAACCCAUUUGGGGUGGAUGCUUUGACUUUUCAAGUUUCUGUCAAAAUAAAAGAUCAAAGGCCAGAGAAGCACGAUGUGGACACAGAAGGAUCUGGUUUCAACGCACCUGAUGCCAGUGCUCAUGUUAAGGACCUACCAGCUGUGCGACUCCCUACAGCUACUGCUGUGGGGACUGUGGUUCAAAAAGAGGUCUCAAGUUUAAAUAAGAAAGACAGCUAUCAGGAAUUACUACAGAAGCGGCAUGGAGACUCAACAAACCGACGUCUUAGGGAACAUAGAAGGCAGUUCCUUCCCUCUACUCGGAGAAUUGACCCACAAUACUGGGCAGCAUUUCUAGAGAAAGCUAAAAAGAAUACUGUGCCAGAGAAACAGGAAAAUACCACAGCAAAACCACACCCUCCAGUCACCCAACUUGUGAAAACACCUAUUGAGGAAGAAGAAUCUUCAGGCAUGCUCUCUCCAGAUGAGGAAUUUAUCAUCCUGGCAGCCAGAGCUUCUAGUGUUCCAAUGACUGCUGACUCUAGAAUAGUAUCUCACAGCCUUGUGACAAAUAGAGCUUCUGGCACAGAAGUCUCCCCACUUGGAAGUCCACAAAUACUGCAACCUACUGCUAUUAAAAUUACAAAUAUGUCAAAGAAUAUAAACCCAACCAUAUCAAGCAAAAUUCAAGGCACAACCAACCGAAAUCCAAAUACUAUCUUUCCGUUACUGUCUGGAGUCACUGAGUUUCAUGAUGUUGAUCAGAUGGAGAGAGGAGAGCAUUUUCUAAGUGCAUUCCCAAUAAUAGGGAAGACCGUGACUGAUGAUGUCCAUAUUAAAAUGCUUGAUAGCACUAACAAAAAGGCCGACAUAGUCUCAGAGUCAGUAAAUAUCAUAGAUAACCACCAGACACCUGUAACAAGAGGCAGUGAGCCCAGGAGAAAUCACUUCCAUUCUCACACUACUCAAAAUCCUAGCAUCUCUAAACUUUCUUCAGAUCUGCACACUGCUGUCCAUUCUCAGUUCCAGAUAUUCAGAAAUAAUAAAGGUCUCAGCCCACCAUCCAGACGCUUUGGGAGACGGAGGAAAAUUUGGGGCAGAGGGCGAAUUAUUAGCCCAUAUAGAAGCCCAGUUCUCCGCCGGCAUAGAUACGGUGUUGUGAGGCCAACAUACAGAGGUUCCUCUGCGGAAAGCACCACUGCAUUUUCAGCCACAGAGUUCCAUAUGAUGUGCCCAUCCUGUCUUCCCAGGCAGGGACUCACCUCCACCACAGCAGCACUGUUUCUUCCAGGAUCUUCCCCCACAACUCUCCGCAAUGCUAAAAUCGCUAGGGUCACAACAGAAGAGUCUACACGUCUAGUUCAGAGUCCACCACUAGUGUUUGAAAACAAAUCCAUCGCAGACAUUGAGAGAACAACACCCACAAUAAGAUUUUUUAGUGAUGAAAGUACCCAGGGAACUUCAACUGGUAGAGUCUUGACUUACUUUCCAAGACCUGUAUCUGUGGACAAAACUCUUAUGGUAAAUAAUGGUUACCAAAAUGUGUCUAGCACCAGAAAAGCUGAAAGAGAUUCAGAGAUUAUGUCACCACUUUCACGUCCCACUACCAAGCCAUCAAAGCAUACUGCUAUAGGCAUUACAAAAUUUUCAAGAAGGAAAAUUCCCUUGCAUCAGACCUUUGUAAACAACCACAAUCAGAAAGGGCUAUUAAAGAAUCUGCAUAAAUUUGCUUUACAAAAAAGCAAAGCCACAAUGCUUCCUAAAACAUCUCCUGCUUUACCCACAAGUAAAAUCAUUGCCAUCCAUCCCAUGACACUUUCAGCAAGGCUGACACAAAUUCCACUUGCAACUUCGACUACAGUUCACCCUAUCACUGAAACACACAGUCCGGAAAGUAUCCCAGCGAGGAAGGAACUUCCCGUCCUACCGUUUUACCCUGUGUUUCCUAGUACCACAAGCAAAAAAUCAAAUACAGUAAGCUUGAUAUCAGUGCAAACGACACCAGCAGUUCUUCCUACUGCCUUUGCAUCUGUCAUUAUCAAUAAAAUCCGAACCGCAAGACCCACAGCGCAAAAAGAGCAAAUAAUAGAGGAGUCUCACAAUAGGAAUGAUCCAAGCAUCUCUUCUGGCCCGAAUUCUGGUGUCCAUGCGUCUGCUGCUAUGCUACCUCCUGUUCUAACCACAACCGAAACUUCAAUCAAGCCAAAUGUCUCUGCUUUCACUCAUCCCCUCCUAGAAGGCACAAGUGGAAUUUUGGGCACAACUGGUCAGCACUCAAGAACUACUAAUCUGGCAGACGAAACUGAAGAACUACCCCAAGAGAACACUCUGACUUUGAAAAGCACAUUUGCUUCUGAAACAACUUUGUCUAGCAAAUCAGAGCAGAGUAGCACAACUAGGAAAACCGUACUGAGUCCCUCACCCGUGCCAUCAUUCCUAGGCAGCAGUGUUCCAGUAAUACCCAUGCCCACUCCCCCUACCUCUACUCAAGGUACGGUCACCGACAGUGUGGGGACGCCUGUUUUCAAGACGACAGACGUGAUAGCCAAGCUGCAUGAAUCUGCAAGCCAUGAUACUAAUGCGCAGCAGUCAGUGGCAGCACUUGCAGUACCACCCAAGGCACACUCAAAAGCUGAGUUCACAACUAGAACCACUCACUCUACCUACUGCGACCCGCUACGUUCUACUCCUACUUCAACCCCAGGAACAACAGGUAAACCGCAGAUUUCUAAAUGGAUGCCCUUUCCUUGGCCAGAAAAACAAUUUUGGCACAAGUCAUACCCAGAAAUUUCUGAAGAGGACAAAAAGCCAGCAGUCAGCGUGUCUCCCACCCUCAGCAGGCCAGAACCUUCUUCUCGUGCUUCGCAUUGGGAUAGACCGAAUAAGCCACAGAAGAGUGGAUCUGCUAGGAAACCAGUUGAAAAAGCAACUUCCCAAUUCCUUCCCUCUGACAUUUUGUCUAGAAAUACAUUUGAAAAGCCCAGGAUAGUUGGAGGAAAAGCUGCAAGUUUUACUGUUACAGCGGACUCAGAUGGCUUACUUCCUUGCGAAGCUACUGGAAAGCCCCCGCCCACCAUUCGCUGGAGUAGAGUCUCAUCGGGAAUUGAAUUGUCCGAAGGAAAACAAAACAGCCGGUUCCAGGUGCUCCCCAACGGCACCCUGUCCAUCCAGAAGGUCAGCGUUCAGGACCGUGGACAGUACCUGUGCUUGGCAUCCAAUCCUUUUGGCACAGACCGCCUUCAUGUCACGUUGUCUGUGGUUUCCUAUCCCCCUAGGAUCCUGGAGAGACAAACCAAAGAGAUCACAGUUCAUUCUGGAAGCACUGUGGAACUGAAGUGCAGAGUGGAAGGUAGACCUCGCCCCACAAUUUCCUGGAUUCUUGCAAACCAAACAGUGGUCUCAGAAGCAUCUCAGGGAAAGACUCAGGCCCUGGUAACAUCUGAUGGGACACUGGUCAUCCAUAAUCUAAGUAUUUAUGAUCGUGGCUUUUACAAAUGCAUAGCCAGCAAUCCUGCUGGCCAAGAUUCAGGGCUGGUUAAAAUACAGGUCAUUGCAGCUCCUCCUAUUAUUCUGGAACAAAAGAGGCAAGAUAUGGUAGGGAUUUGGGGUGAAAGUUUGACACUGCCCUGCACUGCAAAAGGAAGUCCUCAGCCCACUGUGCACUGGGUCCUCUCUGAUGGCACUGCUGUAAAACCAUUGCAGUUUACUAAUUCCAAGUUGCUUCUGUAUUCAAAUGGGAGUCUGCAUAUAAGAAACAUAGUUUCUGCAGACAGGGGCACUUAUGAGUGCAUUGCUACCAGUUCCACAGGCUCGGAGAGAAGGGUGGUAAUUCUUACAGUGAGAGAGCAAGAGACUAUCCCUAGGAUAGAAGUUGCCUCUCAGAAACGGACUGAGGUGAAUUUGGGGGAUAAAUUGCUACUGAAUUGCUCAGCUACUGGAGAGCCCAAACCCAAAAUAAUCUGGAGGUUACCAUCCAAAGCUGUCAUUGACCAGUGGCACAGAAUAGGCAGUCGAAUCCACGUCUAUCCAAAUGGAUCCCUGUUUAUUGGCUCAGUAACAGAAAAAGAUGGUGGUGACUAUUUGUGUGUGGCAAGAAACAAAAUGGGAGAUGAUCUGAUCCUGAUGCAUGUGAGCCUGAGGCUAAAGCCUGCCAAAAUUGACCACAAGCAGCAUUUCAAAACACAGGUGCUCCAUGGGAAAGAUUUCCAAGUGGACUGCAAAGCUUCUGGCUCCCCAAUGCCUGAGAUAUCCUGGAGUCUACCUGAUGGAACACUGAUAAACAAUGCAAUGCAAGCUGAUGACAGUAGCCAUAGGGCCAGAAGGUACACCCUUUUCAAUAAUGGGACCCUAUAUUUCAACAAAGUUGGGAUUGCAGAAGAAGGAGAUUAUACUUGCUAUGCCCAGAACACCCUAGGGAAGGAUGAAAUGAAGGUUCACCUAACAGUUGUAACAGCUGCCCCACGAAUAAGGCAGGGUUACAGGACAGCCAUGAGAAUCAAAGUUGGGGCCACAGCUAUGCUUGACUGUGAGGUCACUGGAGAACCCAAACCAAAAAUAUUUUGGUUGCUACCUUCUAAUGACAUGAUUUCAUUCUCCAAUGAUAGGUACGUAUUUCAUGCCAAUGGGUCUCUGUCUAUCAACAAAGUGAAAAUGCUCGAUUCUGGAGAGUAUGUAUGUGUGGCCCAAAACCCCAGGGGGGGUGACAGGAAAAUGUACGAACUGGAUGUUGUCUCACGACCUCCACUAAUCAAUGGUCUGUAUGCAAACAAAACUGUUAUUAAAGCCACAGCUGUGAGGCACUCGAAAAAAUACUUUGACUGCAGAGCUGAAGGGACACCAUCUCCUCAAACCAUGUGGAUUGUGCCAGACAAUAUUUUCCUCACAGCCCCAUAUUAUGGAAGCAGAAUUAAAGUCUAUAAAAAUGGAACCUUGGAAAUUAGGAACCUGAGGCUUUCAGAUUCGGCUGAUUUCAUCUGUGUGGCUCGGAAUGAAGGAGGAGAGAGUGUGUUGGUGGUCCAGUUAGAAGUACUAGAAAUGCUGAGAAGACCAACAUUCAGAAACCCAUUCAAUGAAAAAGUAGUUGCCCAGCUUGGGAAGUCAACCACAUUGAAUUGCUCUGUUGAUGGUAAUCCACCACCUGAAAUAAUCUGGAUUCUACCAAAUGGCACACAAUUUUCUAACAAACCAAAACAUUCUAAGUACCACAUAGCAAGCAAUGGUUCCUUUAUCAUCAGUAAAACAAACCGAAAUAAUGCAGGAAAAUAUCGGUGUGGAGCUAGAAAUAAAGUUGGAUAUAUUGAGAAGUUAAUCAUAUUAGAGAUUGGGCAGAAGCCAGUUAUCCUUACCUAUGCAUUAGGGACAAUAAAAAUAAUCAGUGGAGAGUCCUUAUCACUGCAUUGUGUAUCUGAUGGAAUACCUAAGCCAAGUGUUAAAUGGAGUACACCAAGUGGCUAUGUAAUAGACAGGCCUCAGAUUAAUGGGAAAUACAUACUGCACAAAAACGGCACUUUGGUCAUCAAAAAAGCAACAGCUUAUGACAGAGGAAAUUAUAUUUGUAAAGCUCAAAAUAGCGCUGGCCAUGCACUUAUUACUAUUCCAGUAAUGACUGUGGCCUAUUCUCCCUGAAUCACAAAUCGCCCACCCAGGAGUAUCCUCACAAAGACAGGAGUGGCUUUCCAGCUCCAAUGUAUGGCCCUUGGAAUGCCCAAACCAGAAGUCACCUGGGAGAUGUCUGGCCACUCCUUGUUCCCAAGGACAAGUAAAAGGAGAACCCUUGAAAGUAAAGUGCCUCACCCACAGGUACCCUGAUUAUUCAGAAUCCUCAGAUCUCAGGAUUCUGGGAUAUACAAAUGCAUAACAAAGAAUCCACUUGGCAGUGAUUAUGCUACAACUUAGGUUCAAGUUAUAUGA